GCCCAUUUAACGAGCCCUCCAUCUUCUAAUCCCCUCAUCCGCUGCUCUGCUCCCACCAUUGCUGCUCUCUCUUCUCCUCUUCUCUUCUCCCUCUUCCUCUUCUCCACCCUCCUAUCCGUUCUAGCGAGGGACCAAAUUUCUCACCAGAUUUCCUGCCGAUUUUCCCCUCAUGAGCCAGCCGAAUCCCUCUUCCAGCGUGAUUUCCAGAAUCCCUUUGUCUUGUUGAGAGAUUUUUGCAGGUUUCGUUUGCAUUUGCGGGGCGGGCAUAUAUGGCUGCAGUGUGGAGCGGCUGCAGCACGAGCUUCAGCCAAGAACUUCCCCCACACCCGCGUGGAAGAAGGGGCGGUGAUGGGGCAAGAAUCCAUCCAUGGAGCGGAGGAGCGGGCAGAGACGCCACCACCCGCCAUGCGGAAGCUGCAAGGACCGUGGUUGUCUUCGCCAGAGGGCGCGUGCGCGUGUGCAGGGCGGCGGCUCCAUGCGUUCUUGAACCCGACGUCGCCGGCAAGGAGGAGGUCGGUGUGGCGGUUUGGGGCAUGGACGAUGAGCCGCCGGUCGCUGAUGGUCACCGGAGGCACGGGCUGCGGCGGCGCCCGGUGAGGCCGGCUGCUGUGGAGGAAGGCCCCGUCGCCGCAGCAAGAAGCGCGGCGUCGGCGUCGGCGUCAGCCGCGGGGAGCAAAUCUGAGGUCGGGGGAUCGAGGCUGCACUUCUUGGAGGAGAGGGAUGAGGAGAUGCUGUCCAGGAGGUUGAUCAAGCUCAGCCAGUCCAACAAGGUCAGGAGUGCCACCGAGCUGUUCGAUUCAAUGCGUGCCUCAGGCUUGCAGCCGAGCGCGCAUGCCUGUAACUCCCUUCUGGCUUGUUUUGUGCGAAGGGGUUCUUUCGCCGAUGCGAUGAAGGUAUUCGAGUUCAUGAAGGGGAAAGGAAUGGCAACCGGGCAUUCGUACACCUUGAUACUCAAGGCUGUUGCCACUACUGAGGGCUACUUUGCAGCCCUGAAAAUGUUUGAUGAAAUUGAAGAGAGCGAUAAGAAGAAUGUCGAUGUGAUCGUUUACAACACGGUGAUAUCUGUGUGCGGAAGAGCAAAAGACUGGAGGCAGGUGGAGAGACUUUGGAGAAGGCUAGGGGAGAAUUCUUUGAGUGGAACCUUGAUGACUUAUGAUUUGUUAGUUAGCACAUUUGUCCAGUGUGGGCAGUCUGAGUUAGCAGUUGAUGCUUAUCAGGAAAUGUUCAAAAGUGGUAUUGAUCCAAGUGAAGAUAUACUGAAGGCCAUCAUUGCAUCAUGUACAAAAGAAGGGAAAUGGGAGUUUGCGCUUACCACAUUCAGGAGAAUGUUGAGUGCUGGAAUGAAACCUAGUAUCAUUGUGUUCAAUUCCAUAAUCAACUCACUUGGUAAGGCCGGUGAAGAUGAACUUGCCUUUAGGAUGUAUCAUCUGCUAACAUCUUCAGGCCUUAAGCCUGAUCAAUAUACAUGGAGUGCUUUACUGUCAGCGUUAUAUAGGUCUGGUCGUUGUUGGGAUGUCCUAGAUCUUUUUCAAGGAAUUAAGACCAAGCAUUCAGCACUCUUAAAUAACCAUCUGUACAACAUAGCUUUGAUGUCUUGUGAAAGACUUGGUCAAUGGGAACAUGGCUUGCAAUUGUUAUGGAUGAUGGAAAGAGGUGGACUUCAAAUAUCGGCGGUUUCAUACAAUCAUGUGAUAGGUGCUUGUGAAGUUGCUAGGAUGCCAAAAGUUGCUCUGAAAGUGUACCGGCGUAUGACUCAUCGAGGGUGUUCACCAGACACGUUCACACAUUUAUCUGUUAUAAGAGCUUGCAUAUGGGGAUCUCUUUGGAAUGAAGUUGAGGAUAUAUUGGAGGAGGUCGCUCCAGACUCCUCGGUCUACAACACGGUAAUUCACGGGCUUUGUCUGCGAGGCAAGAUCAGAUUAGCGAGGAAAGUAUACACGAAAAUGCGGAGCAUUGGGUUGAAACCAGAUGGCAAGACCAGGUCGUUCAUGCUGCAGAAUUUAGCCACUGACUACUAGCAGAAUAAUGUCCCUGAGAAAACACUAGUUUGUAGUUCAGUCAGUAGCUGUACAGAUCCAAACGAAGCAUCACACCACUAUAUGUAACCUGCUGUCACUAUUCUGAAUCAAGCAGUUCUCAUUUUAGCUGUUGCCAUGCUAAAGCAAACAAA